UCGAGUUUUGCCUUCGGCUCUAGUUGGACACAGAAUUGCAACAUUGAGAUGGAAACCCUAAGAAUGCGGCGUUAACAAAGUCCUCCGUGAAUAUGACUUGCCAAAAGAGUCGCCAGGGUGUGCAACUGAAUAAUUGCACGAUGCUAGCCGCUUAGGCUAGUGUUACCUAGCAUUGCUAUCCCACUUGUUCCAAGGCUACAGGACGCCGAACGACUUAAUGAGGGAGCGAAACACACACACACACACAAGAAAUCAACAGUUGAAAGGAAAUGGCUGGCUACGAAACAGCAUUGACAUCAGGUUGCAGUUCUUCUCCUGUUAAUAAGGCCAGUGCCAUAAAAACAUCAGUAAAGGGAGGGUGAAAGGAGGAGCCUGGUGAAGCUACAAAAGAGGAGAGUUCCUGGUUCUGGCACUGUUCAACCUCAGACAGAGACCCAUUGCAAGUCUUUGUUGUCAUCCAACAGAAAACAAACAAACAGCAUCACGCAAAAUGGAAAAGGUUCGGGUAAAUAUUGUGAACCUGGUCAAACAACACCCAGAUGGGAUUCCUUUAAAGAAGAUGGCUGAGUUCUACAACCGGAAAUACCACCAUAACCUUACCUGUUCGGCUUUGGGCUUCAAAACUCUUGCCAGCCUGAUAGAAUCCCUGGAUGAGGAGCUGGUUGUGAAAGGACAGCAAGUCUUUCACAAAAUUCACAAGGCUGGAGGUAGGGCUAGAGUUUGCGUUGGGACAGGAGAUGGAGUUGGAGCCGGGACCUCAGCAGUUGGUACGGAGAACAGCUGUCCUACAACGCCUGUGAGAACAAAGUUUAAGUCGGCGAAAGAUCCGCCACCGGCUACCCAGGGUGACAGCCCUAGCACACACAUCAACCAGCUUUCCCAUGCCUUCAGAGGAAAGGACAUUUCUACUUGUAUUACUGUUGUCCCCUCAUCUUCUGCAUGUCGUCCAGCCUCUCCGGUUUCACUCACCAGUACACCAAAGCCCCUUGAGAAGUUGUCUCAAGAACAGCUGUACCAGAGGGUCCUAGAGGUGAUACAGGUACACCCAUGUGCUGCUCGAUCAAUGGAGCAGAUGCAGAAUUUCUAUUACCUUCAUUUUGGGGAAAUCCUUCCUCUGCAGCAGUUUGUGUCCUUAUGUGACAAUUUGGAGGAGGCACCCCACACUAAGGGACAUGGAGAAGCAGAUCAACUACUAGUCCAAGGUACCGCUGCACUGAAGAAAAAUGCAGCUGCUCAGUGCCUUAAGAUGGAGCCAGAAGGAGAGCAGAAAUCAAGCACUCCGUCCUUUUCUGCAUCCCUCUCUGACUUCCCAGCACUGGGAGCUGAAGGGAUGCAGACCAAAAGCCAGAAGAAGAAGCUGAGAGAUGAAGCGCUGAAAGAAAAAAACGCCCAAGUCUUUGUGGACUAUUACCAUGCCCAGCUGAGGGUCGCGCAUGGCGCCAACAUGCGGGCAGCAGACCUUCUGGAAGGUGAAAACGAGGAUUCCAAAGGCAGGAGGAGGAACAAUCCCCUGGAUAUGGAGGCGGUCAACAGUCUGGUGGAGGAUGUGGUACGAGAGCUGGCUGCAGAAGGAGAACUGGUCACCAGAGAGAGGGUGAUUUCCAGGGUGUGCAUGCUGAUGCAAGUUCCCUCCUUGGAGGCGGGCAAGAUAAAAUCCUGGACUGUACCAGCUCUCAGGGACCUUCAAUACACCAUCAGAGAAAUCAACAUGUUCAUAGAGGCUACAGAGGCCUCCACGUCCAUCUGUACCCUGUACGAAUUGGGACAGUCACUGGCUGCCCUGAAGGACAAGAGGCGCUAUGAGGAGCUGAGCCUUGGGCCUCUCUGUAAACUACCCCUCAUUCACCGCAUGUUCAAGAUUGACCCCAACACCAAAGAUGAUGACAUCCCCCAGAUUGAGACAGUGGACAUCCUGAAGUGCCUUCGCCUUUUCAGGACAAAGCAGAGGAAGCCAAAAGUAGAUUUGACAGAGUUCAUGCAGCAUCUGGCCGACCAGUACAACUGUGAUUCUCCCUACGAGCUGGGUAUCAGGAUCCAAGGUCUGGGGCUUCCUAUAGGGACCAUACUGAAGGUGAAUCGUAAAGAGCAUAGCUUCAUGGACCACGGCCAGAUGACCAUACAGAGAGAGCUGGAAGAAGAGGUUCAAGAGAGGAUGAGGAAGAUAAAGAGGAGUGUGAUGGAGCCAGCGCAAGGCCCAGUGCUCUUCUCCUCCAUCGGCAGUUCAGAGCUCAGGAAGAAGUAUGUUUCUAUGACUGCGGGCGAAGCAGUGCUGGAGAUCUUUAUGAAUGCAGCAGAGGUCUUCACCUCCAGGAUGAAUAAGCUCGUCCAAGACUUCCUGCUGCAGGUGUCAGGUGACCGGCUGGCGAGGGCUCUGUUUCAACUGGCCAUCUGUGGGGGGUCCCUGGCUGCCCCGCAGGACCUGGUGCUCAAAGACAAGCCAUCAAAACGCAAAGAAAGGGAAAACCCGGAGGAUAAACCCACCGUCACCCUACCUAGCGAAGCCACCAUCAAACAAUACCUUAAGGACAACCUGUCAAGUUAUAACUCAGCUGUUACUCUCGCCAACAUUGCCUCUCUGGAGAGGAAGUUGAUCCAAAACUUUCAGGUCAAAGGGUUUCACUCUCUAGAGCAAGGCACCUUCCUGGAGUUCCUGGUGAAACACAUUCAGCUGCUGCAGGAGACGGUAGGCAGCUCCGUGAGUCUGGGGGGAAGAGGUAUGGAUGCCCAGGGCUCUGGUUUCAGACCCAGCAGACAGGAUGUGAUUGAGUUCAUCAAACAGUGCGGAGUCCUCACUCCCACUGAUUCAGAAACACUCGCGCAAAUCGAGGCCGCUCUGAGGGUUCACUACAGGGUGCAGGACAGUCGUGACCUGGGUUUCAGCUUGCUGCAGACAGUGGCAGCUGUAGUCAGAUGCCAGAUGGACAUGUCGGGUGGAGGAGGACCCAGCCAAGUCUACUAUGAGUCUGCCCUGUUUGCUCAACACAGCAGCAGUGCUGUGUGUGAGUCAGUGGGACUGCUGGGGGAGCUGGCUCAGUCCCAGGCCCUGGCAAGUCUGCUCUCCUGUCCUCUUCUGGAGGAUUUAGGUCAGUGGAGCCAGUGGGAGCUGGUGUUUAAGCCCUUCUUUGGCACUCUCAAAGAUUUCAUCGAAAGAAAUGCAGCUAAUACAGACCUGGCAGCGCUGGAGGUGUCACCAGGUGUUCUGCUCCGGAUCACCACUUAUACCGGUGACAAGUUUUUCUCCCAGGCUGCCAUGACCCUUGACCCCGUUGGUACAGCUGGCCACCUUGUUUCCAUCGUGGUGACAGAUGGGAUAACUAACACUCCCACUGCCCUCCUGGCUAAUCACAUGGAGAGUUCACUGGCGGCGGCAGUGGCUAAAGAAGAUUUGUCACGGGCCGAGGAGGAUGUCUCGUGCUACAACACCGUUGCACGGUUCCUUUUGGAGUGUUUGAUUCGAAUACCUGUCAGAACCUGCCGGGCACUGCUGCCGCAGGUGUUUCUGGAGCCUUUAUCCCGUGUCCUGGGCCAGGCCAAGUCUAAAGCAGUCCUACUUGGUAUGGCCCGAUCAGAUCCGCGUCACCUCAACUAUCUGCAUCAGCUGGGCAUCCUCCUGGGCAUCACAGAAUGGACCAAGGACUACCACAACAAGCUAACGCCCCCACAGAGCCACGACAACUUACUCAAUGCCUCUGUGGACAAGACUAAAUCUAAUUUGGAAGAUUCAUUGAGCAGCAGCCUCUCAGGGCUGAAUCUAAGUGAAGAUGAGAAUCUCGAGGAUGCCACCCUGGACUACGGCUUCAACUCUCCCCUCCUCAAUCACAGCCAACAAGCCAAUGGUGAGCAGGAGGUGGAGGAUGAAGAUGAUGAUGAAGAGCAGCUGUAUGAGUUAAAGUCAUUGCCUAAUGGAGAGGUAUACAGCCCCUGUGAAGCGCAGAGUGAAACAGAUGGAAGCCAUGAGGACGGACAGUUCGAAAUGGCAGAUUCUGAUGAAGAUGCUGCUAGCAAUCAGUCAGAAAAUGCAGAAACCCCCCAAAGGACCAUCAUAGAGGACAUCAGGUGUGAAAAAUGA